AUGGGGUCACCUGAGCAAAUUUCGAGCAAGGAGAUGAUGAAGAACAAGAACGUGGCGGGUGGGCAGCUAGCACAACUCUCUAAAGAACCCUCGACUGGUUUCUACCGUGAUGGAUACUGCAGAACCGGACCUGAAGACAAAGGGAAUCAUUCGGUCGGCGCCACAGUCAACAAAGACUUCCUUGACUUCACCAAUUCGAGAGGAAACAAUUUGAGAGAGGCGGGAGUCAAGGACGGAAUGAAGUGGUGUCUUUGCGCGUCGAGGUGGAAGGAAGCCUUCGAUGCGGCCCAGCGAGGUGAUUUCGCGCCUUCGGCGGUGCCGAAAGUGCAUCUCCAUGCAUCUCACGAGGGCGCCUUAAGAGACAUUAAAUACAGUGACUUGAAGCAGUACGCAGCUCAAACAGAAGCAACCAACGAACUGGCGAAUCGAAAACAGGGCUAUGAAAGCCCAGAGAAACCCGGAGGCAUGGCUAAGGAGAGCCAGGAGAUCAGUGGGAACUCGGAGACGACAGGCGGAGUAGGAGUGAGGUUGCCCAAAGGGAAAUAG